AUGAAGAGAUUCCAAUUCCGACAAUUUCGGUUCCCGUCGAAAGGGGACGACGAGGAAGACCGGAACAAGAAAGCAUUGAAACGGCGAGAGCAGGUGCGGAAAGCUCAACACACACACCGUGAGCGUAAAGACGCCUACGUAAAAUCGCUGGAAAAGGAAGUCCUCCAGCUACGGACGAACGAGGCCGAGCUGCUCCAAAAGACCAAUUCUCUCAAGGCCGAGGUUAUCAGAUUGCAGCGCAUUCUCGCGGAGAACAGAAUCCCACAUGAAUCGAAUAUCGCUGAAGACUUGACGACUUCCGUCGAUAAUGACUUCAACAGUUCAUCCUCUCACGCUAUGAUCAUUCUCGACCAGCCUCAGAACGGGACACCACAUAUCCGCGUAACUAAAGGACAUGCGUCGUCGAGUAACGAAGGACACUCACACUUUGGUCCUGAAAAACUUCCAGACCAUUCUCAUCCUCCGCCACCUCCUCCCAAAGAUAACCCACACCCGAAAGGAGACUUGGAUCCUACCGAAGUUGGGAUGGACUUCAUUCUCACGCUGGAAGACCCAUGUCUUGCCCACGCUCAAGGAAGUCCCGAGGAGCCGGAAGCUCCCACAGGUCACGCCCUAACCGCCACUGCUUCGCUCCUUUUCCAGGCUCCAGGUCCGCGUGGCCCAGGUCUGCCCUCAGGUAAUGCAUGGGAAGCACCCCAUGAAAUGCUAGAUAGACUACUCCAACUUUCGGAAAGUAUCCCGCUUGAGGGAGAAGUCACUCCAAUCAAGGCUUGGAAUCACAUACGGCAUCUUUCCGCUUUCCGGACUAUAGAUUCUAAGGUGCUGGGCAAUCUGACGAGAGAGUUGUCGCGAUACGUCAAAUGUUACGGAUUCGGUGCCGUGAUCGACGAGACCAUAUUUGAAGACACACUCCGUUCGUUUGGACUUGGUCGCAUCCAAUGAAGGUCAGAUAAAGCAGGCAUGAAUUCAAUAUGUUGCAGUACCUGGCACUUUCAAGAACCCAAUAGGAACAGGGGUAUAAGGACAAGGGGCCUCUUUCGCUCGGCGUUUAAAAGCUCAACAGCUGUUUCCCGAUAGUUCUGUAUCAAGAUUCUCCUCCUUUUUCGUCUGAAACUCUGAUUCCCUUUUUGGUUUGAAUUCUGCGAAUGCACAGACCGUUUAUACGACACCUAGACCAAUCAUAUUCUGCGC